AUGAGCAAUAAAAACGUAUGGGUUGAUGGACGCUUCGAAAUGGUUCAUUUCGGAGAUGUUUAUCAACUUCGGGAAGCGAAGAAGUUUGGCGGAUCUGUUGUUGUCGGCAUGCAUACUGACGAAGAGAUUAAGCGCAGUACUGGUUAUCAGCCUGUGUUUAAUGCGGACGAGAGAUAUCGACUACUCUCCCAGUUUGAAGUUCGUCGACAAGGUGGUCAAGAAUGUUCCUCACCGCGUGUCGGUGGUCGCUCUGGAGAAAAACAACUGCUACCAAUGUGCUGUAGACGUGUUCUAAAAGGCAUAGGUCGCGACUGGGCUCCUGGAGAAGGACCGCUGCGACCGGUGCCAUUGUUAUCAGUCGCAAUGGAGUCGGGCUCGACCCUC